AUGGCGGUGCCCCACGCUCCACUUGAACCGGGACCAGGUAGCGGGAAGGAGAAGUUUCUCUUGAUACCAGCCAGGAUUCGUGCUGCUGCUCCCAGUGGAGCUGUCAGGAUUCUGUGGGCUGCCGGAAACGAGGUGCAUGCUCCAGCAGCUGCAGCUGAAGUGUGCACCCCGAAGCGGCUGCUGCUGCAGUUGCCAACUUCCUGCUUUCCAAAGAAUGUCGAAGCCUCAGAAGAAAAGAAGACCCUGCCUGCAAAGAAGAAAGUGAAAGAAUUAAGAGUUUUGGAUCCCAAAACUGCGCAGAAUCUGUCUAUCUUCUUAGGAUCAUAUCGUAUGCCAUAUGAAGACAUAAAAAACAUUAUUCUGGAGGUUAAUGAAGACAUGUUGAAUGAAACCUUAAUUCAGAGCCUUGUAAAACAUCUUCCUGAUCAGAAAGUACUCUGUGAAUUAGCACAGCUGAGGAAUGAAUAUCAUGACCUCUGUGAGCCUGAACAAUUUGGAGUUGUGAUGAGCUCAGUAAAAAUGUUGCGGCCUCGUCUCAAUAGCAUUCUUUUCAAGCUCACGUUUGAAGAUCAUGUAAACAACAUCAAACCAAGCAUCAUAGCAGUAACUCUCGCCUGUGAAGAACUGAAGAAAAGUGAAAGCUUUAACAGACUUUUAGAGUUAGUUCUUUUGGUUGGAAACUACAUGAACUCGGGCUCGAGAAAUGCCCAGUCUUUGGGUUUUAAGAUCAACUUCCUUUGUAAGAUCAGAGAUACUAAGUCAGCAGAUCAAAAAACAACCCUCUUGCAUUUUAUUGCUGAAAUUUGUGAAGAAAAAUACCAGGAUAUCCUGAAAUUUCCUGAAGAACUGGAACAUGUUGAAAGUGCAAGCAAAGUUUCAGCUCAAAUUCUCAAGAGCAACCUUGCAGCAAUGGAACAACACAUUGUUCAUCUGGAACAUGACAUCAAGAAAUUCCCCGAAACAGAAAAUCGACAUGAUAAGUUUGUGGAGAAGAUGACAAGCUUUACAAAGAGUGCCAGAGACCAGUAUGAAAAGUUGUUCACCAUGCACAACAACAUGCUGAAGCUCUAUGAGAAUCUUGGAGAAUAUUUUAUUUUUGACUCUAAGACAGUGAGCAUAGAAGAAUUCUUUGGUGAUAUCAGCAACUUCCGAAAUUUAUUUCUGUCUUUAACAGGAACUGACAUAUUUUAUACCUGUAACAUGUAUAAAAUUUUUGGCUGA